CAUUUGCAAGCUCAGUUCUUUUUGUGUUUUAUUUAUAAGGUUCCUGCAUUCUGUGCACAUUUCUAUGUAGAAGGAAAUACGUUACUGACACCUGUUCAGGCUUCUUUUAGUGGUCAGUACUGCUUUAAGACUCCCUCCUCCUCUUGAAUGCUGUGACAUCACCUGCACCUGAUGCAGAUAUAAAGGACAGGAGCAAGCAAGUAUCUGUUACACACCGGCUACUCUCACACAGCAAGUGAACAGGCACAAGACGAAUUACCAUCUGUUAUUUCAAGGCAAUCAAGAGACAGAGCUGAUUAAGGGAGAGCACCAAGUGGUACCGGACAAUACCAAGGAUUUGGAAGCAACUUUAAAAGGAGCUCAGUAUUGGAAAGAAAUAAACAAAGGAAACUCAUUCAACAAGAGGGAGUUCAUCCCUAGAGAGAACUUUUCCAUGGUGAGUGCUUAGUAACACAAGAUCUCACAGAAAUAGUGUCCAGAGGAGUUUAAAACCACCUGCACAGUUACGCAGAAGAAUUAAGCGCUCUCUUUAUCUCCUAAUUGACACCUGUUGGCUGCCACCAUGUCUAUGGGACUUGAGAUCCUGGGUGUGGCCCUGGCUAUUAUCGGCUGGCUUGGUGCCGUUGUUUCAUGUGCUCUACCCAUGUGGAGGGUGACCGCCUUCAUUGGUAACAAUAUCGUGGUGGCCCAGAUUAUUUGGGAAGGACUAUGGAUGAAUUGUGUGGUCCAGAGCACGGGUCAGAUGCAGUGCAAGGUCUAUGAUUCCCUACUGGCUCUCCCUCAAGAUCUGCAGGCGGCUCGUGCCCUAAUAGUCAUCUCCAUUGUCAUAGCUGUGCUAGGAGUCCUCAUUUCCAUCAUUGGAGCCAAGUGCACCAACUGCGUCCAGGAUGAAUCUGCGAAGGCUAAGAUCAUGAUCGUCUCUGGGGUUAUCUUUAUUCUCUCGGGGCUCAUGACCCUCAUCCCUGUAUCCUGGUCAGCAAAUACAAUUAUUCGUGAUUUCUACAACCCUCUUGUUGUGGAUGCUCAAAAGAGGGAGUUGGGAGCCUCCAUGUACAUAGGAUGGGCGGCAUCUGCUCUUCUGAUGCUCGGAGGAGCCAUGCUCUGUUGCUCCUGCCCACCAAAACAGGAGAAGUACCCGGCAUCAAGAGUGGCUUAUUCAGCAGCCAGGUCUACAAAUCCUGGAUAUGACCGAAAAGACUAUGUUUAAAGAAGAAGAAAAAAACAGAACCUAAAACUCAAACCUUGCUUCAGACAGGCAAGAGGAGGCUUCUGACUAUAUUAUGGAGAGGAGAAAAGAAGCAUUAGACAUCCCUGGCACCGACUAACAUUUACAAGUCCUCCUCAUGAUGCUGUAACUGAUAAUAGGUGUUUUAUAUAUAAUAUAUAUAUAAUAUAAAUAGAUGGAAUUGCCUCUGAAUAAGUGUGUGUACGUGAACAUAGAGGGUCCAUGAAUGGAUGCUUUCCAUUGUCGUGGCAAUGAAUAUUGGGAGGGGCAAAACUUACCAACAAAGAUGAGGUGGCUUAAGUAACGUAACUCUUUCCAUGCCAGGCUGCAUAUAGCACGCUCCGUCACCCAAUAAUAGGAUGCAUUGUGUUUCACAUGGUCAGCAGCAGGAUCAGCUGGACAUACCUGCUUACAGAGUCCCAGCUACUUAGAUAACUUUAGAUGGAGAAAGUAUUUGUCUAAUAAUCAAUGGAGAAAAUGUAUACAGUUUUUUUUUCUUCCGUGUUGUAUAUGAAUAUAUUUCUGCUAUUAAACUGUUUUAAGAUCUCUGCCAUAAAAAUUGUACUAUUUAGCACACAACAAAAAAAAAGCUAAAAUCAUUUAUUUCAAUUUCUUACAACUCGUAACUAUAUAAGUAGGAACCCUAGGGCUUUUUUUGCAGACAGAGCUGCAAAUCCAUUGAAAGAAGAGACAGGGCGAUGUAGAUCAUCAACAGACAGAGGUUUAUAUUUCCCUUUGUAUAUGUGUAGAAAUGAUUCUAAGCUUUCCAGGUAAUAGCAAAAAAAAGGAAUAAACUAUAGUCCAUUUUGGGAAAUGCAUGCUAUAGGGAUACUGCCUCUAGCUUGUAUUAACACAAACACUUUGGAUUAAAUGUAUAUUUUAGAAUAGUUUAAGGUAUAGACAGAAGCGUCUAAAGAGUAAUUACUCAACCCAAUGAAAUACUUGAAGAUCAAAAAAAAAAAAAAAUCUUGGCUCCAGUUGUCCUUUGUCCUCUCUCCUUCCUCCUCCUUGUUUUCCAUGAGCAUUAAGGCUAGGCUGGAAUUUGACCCUUUUCAUCUUGUUUUUAAUUCCCCUCUGGUUACUUUUUUUUCCUUUCAUUGUAUUGUGUUUGUUGUAUUUUCUACCCCCACCUGUUUUACAGCAGCAUGGGCUGGAGAGUUUUAGGGAGAGUAAAUGUAGCACAUUAACGGAAUUCUUGUUAAUAAAUAACACUUGCAGCACAGUUUCCUCUAAAAGGAGCCAGUGACACAUUAAUAUCAACCUGAGAAUUUAAAAAAAAGUCACCUGUUAAGCAAUAUGGUUAACUACAUUUAACUGUUUCACUGCCAGGGUUACCUAUUACAGGUAGACCAGUCAGAGUCAUUUGCUAGCUCAAAAGAAUGUAGUAAUCUAAUCCUGGUUUAAAGACCCACCAUUAAUUAACUGCUUCAGUGCUUCCAAUAAUUGCCCUACGCAAGGUGGAUCAUCCUGUCUAAAUUAGAGGCUAGUCUGUGGGAUCAUUGGCCAGCCUGCAAUGUUAAUUUGAAUGAGCGAUUUAGCUAACAAAAUAGAUUUCAUAUUUGCAUACCUCCCAACAUGACCCUUUCCAGGAGGGACAGAAUGCUCUGCUCCUGGACUUCACUCUUAAUAUAUGAUUUCCAUCACCUGUGCUGAAACACCUUUCUUAGCCAUUAACCUGUUAAAAGAAAACAACAGGUACCGGCAAUCAUAAAUUAAGAGAAAAUUCCAGAAGUAAAUCAUUGUGUUCCUCCUGGAGAGGGUCAUGUUGGGAGGUAUGUAUUUGCAUAUUCAUUGUUUGCGUGCUGUUGAUAUAGAAGUUCGUAGCUAUAUGUGUAUAUGUCCAGUUUGAGUACCGUACAAAUAAUUGCCCUAUAUAAACUAGAGAUGAGCGGAUUCGGUUUUACUCGGUUUUACUCGGUUCUCCGAGUAAAACCGAAUCCGCUCAUCUCUAAUAUAAACUUGUGUAUUGUUGGUAUGGGACCCAAAGCAUUAAUAUUGAGUAAUAAGAUUCAGUUAUUUUUGAUACAUUGAUGGUUGUUUACUAACAUAGCUACAAAAGUUCAAAUACUCAUCGUAACCAGCCAUUUGCUUCCUGUUCUCCGAUGUUUAAAAGUCUGCUAAACGCUAGCAGCUUAUUGGUUGAUGUUUGAUAAUACCCUCUUUUACCUAUGUUACUAUAUAUAUCAUGUAAUAAAGGCGAGAUCUGCCCUAUUUAGGGCAAGUCGUGGUUACCAUUAACCCAUUUGUUAGUAUAAUUUAUUAUUUUAUUUUAUUUUAUUUUAUUUUAUUUGUUAAUCAAAUAUUGUUUCAGUGUUGUGCAACUUUAAUAGGAGAAAUGUUAUGGGAUGGUCUUCGAAAAUAGCACUAGACAAUUAUGCUGCAGACAUUUAAGGUGCUGAGUUGUAUUGAGAUACUACUUUGAAUCAACGGGGUCAAUUUACUAAAGCUUCUUAAAUAGAGAAUUGGUGAUGUUGCCCAUAGCAACCAAUCGGUUUCUGUCUAUCAUUUCUUUUUAGAACAUUAUAGACAGUAUUUGAUCGGUUGCUAUGGGCGACAUCACCAAUUCUCUGUUUUAGAAUCUUUAGCAAAUGUACCCCAACUAAUGAAAAUGGAGGACUUUUUACUGGUCACUAUAAAUGUAAGGUUCUGUACAGAAGUCUGACUGUUUGCACUAACAUUUGGCACUGAAGGGAUUAAUGAACACAAAGCAGUCAACUAACAAGCACAACAUGGCUCACCUAAAGCUCAGGAUGUCAUGUGACACUUCCCCACUGAGACUGGCACGUAUGCCAUUAUAUAUAGGGGGUGAGAGAAUUGCAGUUGGUACCAGGAAGAAUGAGAAUUUAACAACACACUGUAUUCAAUGAGCUUUGUACCUUGUUAACAGUUAGGAGGACUAACUGUCACUUUGUAUACUUUAAUGUGUUAUUGCUGUUUGUUAUAACUUAAAAUUUUCAAUAAAAUACAUUCCUGUA